ACCGCUGGAAAGAGGGCCAGGGCGCCCCGCGGCUAUGGAGGAUGACGAAGAGCGCGGCGGCCAGGCUCGGAUUCUCCACGGCGAUGUCAAGACCGCCUCGUUCCCGGUGCGCGCCAAUGCGCUCAUGGCGAAGAAUCUCGUGUUCCAGCGGCGAAGCUGGAAGACGAAUGCUUGCCUGGUCAUGUUUCCGGCAUUGCUGUGCUUGCUGCUGUUUGGGAUCCAGAAGAUCGUCGAUACGCUGAUGAGAGAGCCGGCAUUUACCUGUGGGUGUAUGUGUGUUCCAGUGUCAUCGGGCGACUGUGAGACACGGUGUGGCGUGGAGUACUCGGACAAUGUCCAAGCCGUGACUUGCCCAGUUCCAUCGCCUUACAAGAUCCCCGCGAUGAUGCAAAUAUCGAGGAGACCCUUUCAGGCUGUUAACUUUGGAGGGGAGUUCCCAGGUUUUCCUGAUCCAUCGUGCCGGACGUUCUGGAGCUGUCCAUACGUGUUUGUCUACACCGGGCAGAAUCGAUCCAUCGCAGACCAAAUCACGAACCAAAUGCUGAAUGACGAACUGGAUCUCGGAAAUCCGCUUUCUUCUCUUGUUCCAGCUAGUUUCAGAAGGCCGCCGCUUGCUUAUUUCAUGGAGCCAGGAUUGCCCAACCAUUUCUAUGUCUUGCGUCGAGACUGCUCGAACUACAACGGCCAAUGGAUAGCUCCGUGCAUUCCCACGCUUUUGCUGUGGCGGGAAGAUAGACGGAUCAUAGACAAGGAAAUUUACAGAGGCUACAUGAAAGGAAACGAACACAGAUGGAUCAAUGAGAUUCCUGCAGCGUAUGACUUUCAAAGCACGAGCUUGCAGAAGCUCGAUGUAAAUAUCUUUUAUAACGCAACAUAUGCUGGUGACAUUCGAAUGGAGUUUCCAGGAAUACUUCGAGUUGCUCGUAGCCUGAAUCUGGUCACAGAGGCCUUUCUAAAAACUAUCCUGGGUUCAGUUGCUCGGUUGCCACUGCUGUUUAUAAAGGAGAUGCCAAAGCCAGAGACGAGAUAUGUUUUAGAUUUUUCUUCGUUGCUUGGUCCCCUUUUCUACAUGUGGGUUGUCCAGCUUCUACUUCCAGUGAUGCUGACUUACCUGGUUUAUGAGAAAGAACGAAACCUUCGUAUGAUGAUGAAAAUGCAUGGUCUGGGAGAUGGUCCAUACUGGCUCAUUACAUACGCUUAUUUCCUUGCGCUUUCAACCUUGUAUAUUAUUUGCUUCAUUUUGUUUGGCUCUCUUGUCGGCUUGCAGUUUUUUCGGCUCAACGACUACUCUCUUCAGUUUACUUUUUACAUGGUGUAUAUGAACUUGCAAAUAGCUUUAUCCUUCUUUGGCGCCACACUGUUUUCUCGAGUCAGCACAGCCACAGUUUGCGGGUACCUGUAUGUUUUUGCCUUCGGGUUGCUAGGAGCUUUUCUCUUCCAAAAUUAUGUCGAGGACGUGCAUACUAGCAGAGUGUUUAUAUUCUUGUUGGAACUAUUACCUGGUUUUUCUCUUUAUCGCGGCCUCUAUGAAUUUGCACAGUAUGCGUUGGUCGGUGGGAAACAAGGAACUCAUGGCAUGCGCUGGAAAAAUAUCCACGAUCGCGAGAAUGCCUUCAAGCAGGUUGUUACAAUAAUGGCAGUCGAGUUACCGAUCUUUACGAUUUUAGCAUUAUAUCUAGAUCAAGUAGUUUCAUCUGGAAGCGGGUUGAAGAGGCACCCUUUGUUUUUCCUGAAGCGAUAUUUUCCCAGGCCUCAAGAAAAUAUUAUUUCUCGAGUGUCUGAAGAAGGCGAACAAAAGCCAGAUAUUGCCAGAGAGGUACAAACUGUGCAAAGCUUAAGGGAUGGGAAUACGUCACUCUAUUCGGUAGUUUGUGAUGAUCUGAAGAAAGUUUAUAUUGGGAAGGAUGGCGGUCUUAGUAAAUAUGCUGUGCGCGGUUUAUCAUUGGCUAUAGAGCGCGGAGAGUGUUUUGGGAUGCUGGGACCAAAUGGUGCAGGGAAGACGUCGAGUAUCAACAUGGUGACCUUUCUUUUCUUUUCACUCGAUGUGAAGCUGUAUAUAACGUUCCUGCAGAUGAUUGGAUUCCUUACACCUUCGUCUGGAAAAGUAUAUAUCGAUGGCAGGGACAUUUCCAAAGACAUGGAUAAGCUGUACGCGGUCAUGGGAGUUUGUCCUCAGCACGAUCUGAUAUGGGAACUAUUGACUGGACGAGAGCAUCUCCUCUUUUAUGGCAGGCUAAAGAGCUUGAAAGGGUCUGCGCUUGAAAAUGCUGUGCAAGCGUCGUUGAAGAGCGUGGGCCUUUUUAAUGGAGGUGUUGGCGACAAGAAAGCUGGGACAUACAGUGGUGGGAUGAAACGCCGGUUGAGUGUAGCUAUAUCCUUGAUAGGAAAUCCAAAGGUUGUUUACAUGGACGAGCCUAGUACAGGAUUGGAUCCAGCCUCGAGGAGGACACUCUGGAACGUGAUAAGACAGGCCAAAGAAGACAGGGCCAUCGUACUUACAACGCAUUCUAUGGAGGAGGCAGAAGCAUUAUGCGACCGGAUCGGAAUUUUUGUCGAAGGAAAACUACAGUGCAUCGGCAGCUCCAACGAUCUCAAAUCGAGAUACGGUGGCUCAUACACUUUUACAGUCACGACGAGCCCGUCCAAGGAGCUGGAGGUGGUGGGGCUGGUUCACACUUGGUCACCUCGAGGAAAGAGAACAUACAACCUUUCCGGCACGCAGAAAUUCCAGCUACCGAAGGAAGGCGUGGAGCUGUCACGGGUGUUUAGAGACACAGAGAACGCGAAAGAGACGCUCGAGCUACAAGCGUGGGGCCUGGCGGACACAACCCUGGAGGACGUGUUCAUCAAAGUGAUGAAGGAGCUCAAGCAGAUGUGAUGGAGAAGAAGGUCGUGGGGGUGUUUGAAUACGAAUAUCCGCUUGUACAUGGCGGUUCACGAUUGCGGGAACCUCAACGGUGGAUCUUCAUCGACUACGAGGCAUUCGAAGUAUUUUUUCCUGGGUGCAUGACCGAUGAGGCUUAGUGCUUCUCUCGAGAUCCAGCUCGUGGAAGACGCGGGAAACGCAGGAUCAAAGCGAUGCCGCUGCCGGAGACACGGUCGCAUUCUCGACUCAAGCCAAUGCGUUGCUCCGCAAAAAUCUAGUUUUCCAGGUAAAGUUUACUUGACGGCGCACCUGAGUUUCUCUUUUUUCUUCCGUCGAACCAUGAAUUCCGAUUUCCAGAGACGGCGAUGGCUGCUAGUGCUCCUCCCGGGGCUGCUGUGAGUUUUGCGCUUUGCAAUGCAAAAGAUAAUUGACUUCGAGAACAA